UUGCAAACUUCAAGGGGACAUAUUUUACCAAUGCUGGGAGGAAAAGAACUCGAGAGGCUCUGACCUCAACCCCACUGACUGCACCCAGGCCUCAUCUAACAUCUGUGCUUGAGCUCUUGUGGCUGAAUGCUACACUCGAAAAUCUACUAAUUCUCAGUGGAUUGCCUUCUCAGAAGAGUGGAGGUUAUUCUAACAGAAAAGAGGGGCCUCACGCGCGAGACUUUCAGAUGUUCACAUACGUUUGCUGUUGUAAUGUAUCGUGUUCACAACGUCUAAGCUGUGAAGUAAGUGGUUCCAUAGGUGUACAUCUGCAGCCUUUUCAUCUGUUUUUUUUUUUUUCGUUCUAUAGUCAUUUAGAAACCAUACUGUAACAGCCUAAGAAAGUUUCAGACUAACACUUUUACUCAACCACGUCUGAAACAGGCAUAGAGCUAGACUAACAGCACCCUUCCUUUCUCGUGGGAAGUGUGACAGUCAGUUUUACUGAACAGGAAGACAAUGACUUAUUAACGAUAUUUUAAAGGAGGUUAAGCAUAACUGAAAGUGAACAAUAAUUUUUUUUAUCACAAACUGACGAAAGUCUCGCUACACGUUUAGAUGUUGUGGGAGAUAUCUGUGUCUGCCACAAUCACUCCUGGACCUGAAAAAAAAAAGCUACAGUACAGUAUGUGAAAAAAUAGAGGAGGAAAUGUCAUCUGAAACUCAUGAAGUGAGAUGAAGAAGCAAAAGUACGGAGCUAUUUUUAAUUUACCAUGUUGGUAUUUAUGUGUUGUCUUGCCUUGUGCUGAGUCUUUACAGGAUAGCGUAUGGGCCACCACUGAAUGAAAAUAGAUGCAGUAAGACAAAUGUGUUUAGUCAGAAUAAAUGGCUCACACUACAAGUUUAUGCGCAAAUAUCUCAGCUCUGUAAUAUCUCUUACAUGGAAUAAGCAAUCAUCUAUAGAAAUCCCUUUAUCAUGAUGAGAAGGUAGGUGGAUCUACAGCAUAUCUUGGUCACAAUACAGGAAGAAACUGGAGACCUCAAGGGACAUGGGGAAAACAUGCACAGAAACAUCACACAGAUUAACCAAAGACAUCUGUUUCUUAAAUAUAUAUAUAUAAAAAAAUCUUCCCAACAGUGUUUGAUUGAUGGUAUUUAUAGUUAGUGACCUAGUAACCCAGUAUAAGGAUCUAUCCAAUGACGGAAACCACAAAGCACUUUUUGGGAGGGGAAACAGGAAAGAACAUAUGACAUUCUGCACAGGCAAUAACACUUACCACUAUGCCACCACCAUGCCACUCUCAAAAAAGGAAGCAGUGAAGUUAUACUUUCUAGUAGUGUUCGGAUGACUUAUGUCCUACUGAUGAUGAGAUGAGUCAUUUAGCUUGGGUUUAAGUCAGGUGGUGCUUACUGCCCCAAUAUGUUGUGAUGUGUGAUGAGUUGCAUAAUGCGCUCUUCCACACACACACACACAUGCACUCAAAGCAUAGGAUAUGAUGAUUACGUAGUUUUUACCUUUAUUAUUUAUUGCUGUUCGAAGCAUGUGUUCAAGCAUGUGCCCUGGAUUUGUCAGGGACUCCAUAGAGCUUUCCUGAGAACCACAGAAUGCUGCGGCAGACAAAAAUCUGUCAGCCUGUAUGGACAAAGAAUGCAGGUUCCAAAACAAAGGCUCUGCUUUCCAGAAGCCCAGGCCACAAUAAAGAGGCAUGUGACAGAAGCUGGUGCUGUUUUGUUGCUCUCGCUGUUGCUAAGUCAGAAAGAAGCGCUGUGUUCUGCAGGAAUGUUUCUGGGUUAGUAGUUGGUCUGUCAGAAACCAACGUCGAAACGAAAUGCCUCUGCCAAGACGCCGUUCAUCCAUCCUGGGCCAGACUGCUGCAGAAAGCCCAGAAAGUGUGAGUCGAGUGAGCACGGUUAGUAGCCAUCUUCCUAGGGGCACAUUCGUGGGCUCAGCAUCUUCGGACGGCACCUGCCUGGGUGCCCGGGUGUCCCGCAGAGCACUAUGCAUCAGCAGUGUGUUCCUGCACGGCCUGCGCAGCACCAGUGCCCCGGUGCUGCCUAAGCAUGCAGAAAGGGGUCACCUGUUAGGUUCUGAGGGGCUUAAUGUCUCUCUCUUAGAGUACCGUGAAAAGGUACAUACACUUGAGCAACUUAAUCAGCAGCUAGAAGAAGAGAUCCAUAGCUGCAUGGAUCGUAAGGCCUCCAGCGCUAAGAUGUGGGGCGCACUCAAGCGGGAAUGGGAGGACAUCUACAGACAGGUGAGUGAGGCCAUCUUGGACAAUGCUAGACUUGUGCUUCAGACAGAGAACAUCCAAGCCAGUGCGGAAGAUCUCAAAGAGAGAUUUGACCAUGAAGAAACCUUCCAUAAAGCCAUGGAGGAAGAGAUUAACUCCCUCAACAAAGUGAUUGAUAAUGCCAACUUUACCAAGGUGGACCUAGAGAACCAGAUUGUAAGCAUGAAUGCAGAGCUCCAAGACCUGGCCAAAACUCAUGAAGAGGAUGUAAGACAGCUCUAUAACCAGUUGGCUAUCCAUGAGGCUGAUCCACCAAUUGAGACAAGUCUUGAACAGAUAUUGAGUUUUAUCCGAUCCCACUGGGAGAAGGUCGUUGAGAAGACACGGGCAGAGGCUGAUGCAUCCCUUGAGUACAAGAAGGAUAAGAGUGUAGACAAAAAGCUGAGUAAGGAGGAAGAACUGCUGGAGAAUCUGAAGACGGAAUGUUAUGAGGCAAACGCUAAAAUCCAGAGACUGCAUGCUGAAACAGAGUCCAUGAAUGCACUGAAACGAGGCCUAAAGAACUCCCUGAACGAUGCAAAGCACUGGCAUGACAUCGAGCUUCAGAAUUUGGGCUCUGUCAUCGGUAAGCUGGAGGCUGAGCUCACUGAUGUGCAUGGAGACAUUGAGCAGCAACAGCGGGACUAUGAGACACUGUUCAACAACAAAAAGAGGAUAGAAUUGGAGAUUGGAAUGUAUCAUGGGAUCCUGGAUGGAGAGGAGAGCAGAUGCCACCCAUCGUUGUCACUGUAUGGUAGUGCAGAAGCUGAAGGAGGAACCCAACCUUUUGUAGAACAGCAGAGUCCUGCAGAUCCUGAUGGUUCGGAAGUCAAAGAGGAAAAGAAGACAAAAUGAAAAUUCGCCCUUACAAGCAGGGCUUCACUUUGCAGUUGUGACUACAGAAACAUUUCUGUAAAAUAUAUGCUUUUCAUUUGCAUCAGUUCCCUUCUGCUCUAUGGCUUGUAUAGAUUACAUGACUAUUUUACAAGUUGAGAGUUUGAG